UGACUCAUUUUAAAAUGGCGUCAAAACUGCCUUUCCUUUUAAGAGAAAGGAGAAUUUCAUUCGACCCAGGAGAGGUUCUGGCCCCGCUCCACUCCACCAUAUACUCUUCAAAUUCUGUCAUGUCUCGACUGAGCCCGAAUAUUUUGCUAAAUUCUCACCACGGAUGCGUCAAUUGUAUUCAUUUCUCUGAGAGUGGUAGGAUACUGGCCAGCGGGUCAGACGACCUCCACAUUAUCCUCUGGGACUGGGAAAAGGGAACACAACUCGCCAACUUUGAGUCCAAACACAUGUCCAAUGUCUUUCAGGCCAAGUUUAUGCCCCUCACUAAUGAGAGUGUACUCGUUAGUGCGUCACGUGAUGGUCAGGUGAGGCGUCAUGUGGUGUCAAGCAGUGGGGAACUAGUUGCUACCGAUAAAGUCGCCUAUCAUAAUGACUCCGCCCACAAGCUUGCCAUAGAGCCUGAUAAUCCUCACGUUUUUCUCAGCUGCGGUGAAGAUGGAAGUGUCUUAGAAGUAGACUUAAGAGAAGACGUUCCUCAGAGAAACAAGAUUCUCGUUUGUAAGAACGGUAAGAACCAUAGGCUUGCCCUGUACUCAAUAUUCAUCGAUCCUUCUAAUUAUAAUCAGUUUGCUAUAUCUGGUCGCGAUCAGUUUGCCAGAGUGUACGAUAGGCGUGUUUUAGCUAAUUCCAGAACUGAAGCCUCAACACCACGUAGCUGUGAGCCUCUCCAAAAGUUUUGUCCGAGUCACUUGGAAUCUCCGGAAUCGAACUUUCAUAAAGCAAACAUCACUUGCUUGGUGUACUCUCAUGACGGGAAAGAGUUAUUGUGUAGUUAUAAUGACGAAGACAUUUACACGUUUGAUACAACAGUCAACAGUUGCAAUGGAGAAUAUCUAAAGAAAUUUGUAGGACAUAGAAAUAAUGCUACAGUCAAGGGUGUCAAUUACUUUGGCCUGAAGAGCGAAUACGUCGUUAGUGGUAGCGAUUGUGGUCACGUUUUUCUGUGGGACAAGAAUUCAAAUGAUGUUGUUCAAUUCUUUGAAGGAGACUCAGAAGGAGUGGUCAAUUGUUUGGAGCCACACCCACAUUUGCCGGUACUAGCCGUCAGUGGUCUUGAUCACAGUAUUAAGGUAUGCACUCCCUACUCCACUAGACCAAUGGACACUGAACAUUUAAAAGAAGUUAUUAGUCAAAAUUUUAAAGAUCGGAAAGAAAGCGAAUUGGCAGGAGGUGAAAACUAUGGCUUCCUUUUAGAAUUCUUGAUGCAUCAGUACAGCCGAAGCCUAAGGCGUGGCACUGGAGAGAGAGAUUCUUCAGACAGUAGCAGUUAUUCAGAGGACGAAAAUGAGGAGGGACCAGAAGGAAUAUUUGUGGAGGAAGGAGAAGAAGGAGAAGAAGGGAGGAGGGAAGUUGUUGAAAGAAGACUGAUCUGGCAGUUUCCCGUUAGCAGAAGGAGACAUGAUGAUGAUGAUGAUGAUGACAGUGAUACCAGCUCAGAUGCGGAGCCCAUUAAUUGUGCUCAAUCUUAGAGUCUUUUUUGAUGUUCUUUUAGUCAGCACUGUUAACACGUCACGCAAUUUUCCAGUCAUUUUUGUUCCAGUGAUUCUUCACCUUGUAAUAUAGUUACUGUGAUUGAAUUAAAUCAGCUUGCCUCCUCUCUCUCUCUCUCUCUCAGUCACUUUCUGCCUCUUCAUCAAUCAGGAUCUCAUCAUUACUGUUCAUUAUCAUUAUCAUUAUUAUUAUUAUCAAAAUUAUGAGAUAAAUUCUUGUGUAUAUGAUUUGAAGUAUGAACCAGUCAUUACGUCAUUCUAGUGGUAAACUUGUCAGACAAA